UAAUUGUUUAUCAUUAUUAUUGUUAUACAGUAACAAUGCAGAUAUGUACACAAAAUACAUAACAUAGUUAGAAUUAAACUAGUUCCUUCUGCUUACACUUGCAUUAUGCAUUAGUAAUGUUAGUCCACUGGUUCCCAAACUUUUUCAGCUCAAGACCCGAAAGAGAAAUCUCCCUGGGACCCAAAUUUACAUCUACAAAAUACAUCUACAUUUACAAACUACGAAUAAAGGGGAAAGCAAACAAUGUAAAUAAAAUGUAUUUAUUUUCUUAUUAAAGUAAAGAAAAACAACAAUGAAAGUUUUCAACCAGAUUUACUCUGUGUAAAAAAGAAAGCUCAUUCACAUAUUUACAUAUUGUAACAUUUUUAAGAAUUUUACUCACCCAAUUGGCGACCCAAUUCAAUCAGGGUCCGGACCUUUUUAUAUACAGUCUAUGGUCCGGACCGGUCCGGCCCCUUAGUUUGGGAAACAGACCAAUAAAAUAAUGUAAAACACUGACACUCUGCAUAAUGACAACUUUUGAAACAUUUUUUUAUUUGUAUUUGUACACAGUGCUUUUCCUCGUUUUACUUGAGUAAAGCAUGUAAAUGGAGACAUUUGCUGUAACGUGCUGUCUUUUAUAAAAUAAAGUUCAGAUGUAUUUUGCAUACCGCGCAUGCGUCAACUCGGUGUGUACGGAAGAGCCGGAGCAGCAUGUUGAACUGUAUGAAGUGAGAUGUUUAAACACGUUUUUCUGACAGGACCUCCAGGUGUGGGGAAAACCACUCUGGUCCAGAAAGCCUGUGAGACUUUAGUGUCAUCAGGAGUGGGAGUUGAAGGGUUUUACACAGAGGAGGUCAGGGAGGGAGGCCGGAGAGUCGGCUUUGAUGUAGUCACAGUGACAGGAGAGAGGGGUCACCUGUCCAGAAUCAGAGAUGUUCCGGGUUCAUCUCAUGGCAGACGGGAAUACACAGUUGGGCAGUAUGUGGUUGACUUGCCUUCAUUUGAAAACCUGGCUCUCCCCCUCUUCAGAAACGUAGGAGCAGCAGACGGGGGCAGCAAGAAGGUCUUUGUCAUUGACGAGAUUGGCAAAAUGGAGCUCUUCAGCCAGUCGUUCAUCCGGUCAGUAAGACAGACUUUAGAUAGCUCUUCUUGCGCCGUCCUGGGCACCAUCCCCAUCCCCAAGGGUAAACCGCUGGGUCUUGUGGAAGAGGUGCGGAGCAGGCGUGAUGUCAAGGUCUUCACGGUUUCUAAGGAAAACAGAAGUGCUAUUCUACAAGACAUUUUAGCAGAACUGCAAAAUUGUCUAAAACAUAAAACCUGACAUGGAGAUUCGGAGCCACUAAAAGGGGAAAACCCUGCCGUUUGUGUGUGUUUUUGCUGACAACAACUUUUAUUUGUGUCAGUGCAUAUACAGUACACACAGUCAGACUAUUCAUGCUUCUUAACAGGGAUCUGACCUAACCUGAGGGGCAUGCCUAGUUGCUGGGGCGAGUUAGUGUGUCACAUGCAUGCAUUUAUGUACACAAUUCAUUUUUUACAGCCUCAAAAUGGAUUGCACACUGAAUAAUUGAUUGUGAGAUGGAACACAGUGGGGGAAUUGUUCACUUAGUGUGUAAAUAUCCCGUGAGCUCAGAGCCAAAGACUGCAAGUCCUCCAAACAGCUCUGUUUUAUUUUUUAUUUAGUUCUCAUAAAGUUUCUCAUUUAUUAGUGUGUAAUAAUCAUUUGUUUAUGAGGACAAGUACUGCUAUUUGUUUUAAAAGGGGCAAACAGAGCAGCGCCCCUGUUAAUUAAUUUAGUUCCUUACUAUCUGAGCCUCCUUUGUCAACCUUAGGGUGUGUUUAUUGAAAAUCAAUCAAUAUUUAACAGUGCAAGUAUGUCCAAUCAUUUCAUGGUUUAUUCAUCCAUUAGCUUAAAUUAAAUAAAAUAAAAAUAAUAAGUUA